GAACAGUAGAAUAUACGACAGCCUGUUCACUGUCCAUUCACACUUACCAUACCACCACCAUUCUCCUCGAUCUCAGCACUGCCUCAACUGGACCACCACUCUACAAGCGCAUGCAUAAUACAAGUACACCCAGCAGGACAAGCGCACACAUAUCGAACGACACUGCAGUUCUUGGCCUACAGCAACAAGAUACCUUGCCGCCGGUGCCGUCUUACCGCUUCCCUGGCGAGCCCGAUCAAUCGGCCCUCGCAUUGUCAAUCCCAGGCCUCGGCUGCACGAUCUGGCCAGUGGCACCAUCCCCCGGUCCAUUCACGCCCGCCAAACCCACGCUCUCGUCCCGCCCCUGGCUAGACCUUAAGUAAUCGAAGAUACCCCUCCCCCGAUCCUGUUGGACGCUCUCUUCAGCCUGGAGGCGCGCCAGACAAUGCCUCAAUUUUCUCCCGCAGGCUGUCGGGGUUUUCACGGUACACAAAAUAUUCCUCUUCACAACGAGCCAUCGACCGAAGCAGAACGUGUUCCCUUCUUGACGCAGGAUCAGGCCUUCAUUGCUGGUUCAGACCUGGAAAAUGGAGCCUCUCCAGACCCAUCUGCCGAUAGAUCCGACACCGACAAGUCUCCAAUAAUUACAGUCGCCUCUUUUCCUGCAUCUUACACCGCCAACCACCACAUCAGCAGUCCGGUUCCUCCUAGAUGGCGGUGGACAGAAAGAAUACCUUUGUUAAGUGCAUGGUUUGGUCGGGGUUAUUUUGCCAGACACAAAGAGCGUCCCAGUGAGAAGAAGCCAUCAUCAAAACAUCCAGUGAGGAGAAUUUUUCGCUUGUUGGCGUACUCACUCAUGUUACUUGGUCUGUUGGAAUUCAUCGCGCUAGCUUGUGGCGUCUUCGUCUCCUUCUUUCCUUCAGAUGUGUCUGACGAGAAUGAUCAGUUGAAGCCAAGCAGCGAUGUCCCAUCUGACCUGGGCCAAUGGCCUACCGACUUCUCAGCAGAUGUGCAUGCGGUUGCUUGUCACUCACACAAUGACUACUGGCGCAAGGAGCCUCUGUUCUCUGCGCUGAGGGCCGGGUGCACCGGCGUUGAGGCUGACGUCUGGCUCUACGACCAAGAAUUAUAUGUAGGACACACCACUGCUUCUCUCACUCCUCAACGAACACUGCGCAGCCUCUACAUUGAUCCGUUGGUGAAGAUCUUGGACCAACAGAAUCCCACAACCUCAUUCCACCCUUCGCUAGACGCUCGCCGAGGUGGCGUGUUUGAUACCGAUCCUGCACAAACACUUGUCCUUCUGAUUGACUUCAAGAACGAUGGAAAGGCAAUCUGGCCGUACGUUUCGGAACAGCUCGCCCCUCUUCGACAAAAGGGCUAUCUCACUCAUUUCAACGGCACCAAGACCGUCGAGGGACCUGUAACUGUGGUGGUUACCGGAAACGCCCCGUACAUGAAUGUAGUGGCGAGCCCACACUAUCGAGACAUGUUCUUUGACGCACCCUUGGACAUUCUCGAAAAGCUAGACCCCGGCACUCCUCCGAUCAAACACCCACGUGUCACUGCCGAAGACCUUCACGCUCCGACUAAACGCGGUGUUCCUAACAAGGGUCAAGGCCGUUCAGGUGCAGCCCCGGAAAACGCCGCUAUCUACGCCCCUACAAAUUCGUACUAUGCCUCGGUCAACUUCAAGAGCAGUAUCGGCUACCCGUGGCGAGGCAGACUAUCGUCAAGACAGAUCGAGAAGAUUCGCAAGCAGAUCGCUGGUGCACACAAUCGUGGUCUCAAAGUCAGAUACUGGGGCGUACCCAGUUGGCCUAGAGGCAUGAGAAACUAUUUGUGGCGCGUCCUUUACCAAGAAGGUGUGGAUUAUCUAAAUGUCGACGAUCUGCGUGCCGCCACCCAAGGUACCUGGAACUGGGACAAGAAGUCGUCCUGGUUCAGCGGACCCUGGCGGUUCUGGUCGAGCUAGAGAUCAUUUAUCCAGUUGGAAAGCUCUCUUGCGAAGGAAGUUGACGUUAUGAUUUUUGAAUGAAAUGAAACACACAAUGUGCUACGGCUCUUACGAGGAUCUAGAAGGAGGUGGGACGAGCUCGCUUUCCUCGGGCCAAAAACAAAACUGAAAGUGAAGAGAAAGAAUUGAAGACACUCUUGGUUACGGAGAAUGGGCAUAAAGCAGGGAGUUUAGACGCAUAGGAAUCGAGUCCUUUAAGAAGCCGCCAAAGGUAUGGUACAAGCAGCACUUUAUGUUAUGAUACCCCGGGCUCUCAUCUUGGAGCCUUACUUUAUCGAAUGACGAGUUACAGUAUUCAAUCGCG